GGAGAGGGCGGGACUAAGCGUAAUGACGUACCCAGACGCACAUGUGGCCUGUAGGCGUCGCCAUAUUUGCUGACUGGUGAACAGUUCACAGCAUUACAAUGUCGGCUCCACUUGAACCCAGAGCGGCAGGUAAAUUCAUCACUGAGAACAGUAAGGAUGUAUUUGUGGAGCCAGAGGGUGUGCGCUCACUGGCUGAGAAGCUGUUUGAGAAGAUUGGACGGAAGGAGAUCACUCUGAAGGGAUGGAAAUCUAUGCAUGAACUCAACCCACAGGGCUCUGGAGAAGAUGCUGUGAACUGGGUGUUUUUUGCAGACACCCUAAAUUUCUCCUUCUGGUCUGAAAAUGAGGAUAAGAGGUUCCUGGUGAAAUAUAAAGGAAAAGAAUACAGUGGCUAUUGGUCUUUCUGUGCUGCAAUGAACAGAGCCCUGGAUGAAGGGAUUCCUCUUACUACUGCAUCUUUUUAUGCCAACAUAACCAUGGACCAGCUAAAAAAAAUUCUGCGUAGUGAUUCAGAGUUUUCCAUCCCAAUGAUUGAAGAACGUCUGGAGAUCCUUCACCAGACAGGAAAGAUUCUCAUGGAGAAAUUUGGAGGCUCAUACUUGAACUGUGUGAAAGCAAGUGAGAAGAGUGCUGUAAAGCUGAUGCAUCUGGUUGUGGAGAAUUUCCCUUCCUACAGGGAUGAAGGAGUCUUUCAGGAUAAAAAAGUUGCCUUCUACAAGCGUGCUCAGAUCCUGGUAGGAGACACAUGGGGUGUACUAGAAGGAAAAGGUGAUGGCUGCUUCUAUGACAUUGACAAAAUCACCAUGUUUGCUGACUACAGGAUACCGCAGGCUUUGGUACAUUUUGGCACCAUGAGAUUUUCAGAAGAGCUACUGAAGAAGCUUAAGGAAGGUUUGCUUUUCCAGAAUGGGGAUCAAGAGGAAAUGGAGAUUCGUGGUUGCUCCAUCUGGGCUGUUGAAUUAGUCUGUGAAUAUCUACGGGAACUGUUUGAGAAAAAAGGAGAAAAAAUGAGCAAUGAAAUAAACCCUGUCCUAAUUGACCAUUUCCUGUGGGAUUAUGCACGGGAUUACAGGGAGGAAAUUAAAGUGGUUCCCUUUCACAGGGUUCGAUGUAUCUACUAUUAGCAGUUUCCUUUAAUUGCCAGUUGGUUUUUGCACUUCCGUAGUAAUGUCUUGGUAAUUGCACCUUAAUUUUUAGAAUAUAGAAAUACUUUAUGUAGAUUAGGAUUAAACCACAUUGGUAUCGUUAUAAAACUGGAGGCCUCUAGUUCCUGAUCAUAGCAGGGAUUACUGUUUUAGGAAACAAGAUCUGAUGGUCUUAAAAUCAUUGUUAUUAGAUCUUGUUUUAUAAAAUGGUGAUGAUUGCCAAUUAUCUACUGCCAAAUUCCUUCCUUUUCACCCAUUUUGAUCUGAAUAGAGUCCUAUAUACAAA